CUCUUGGUGAUCAAGAGACACAGAAGGGCAUGACCCCCAAAGACCGACAAGGGGGGGUCAGUGGUCGCCAUGGUAUCCCAAGCCCCAUGUCGCUGCGUAGACAACAAUCCCAACUCCCCCCUACAGAUGUGUUCAACGACGUCAUGUACAUGGUGGGCGGCUGGACCCAGCAGGAUCCAUCCUGCCCGGUGGAACAGUUCUGUCCCCUGGGGAAUGAGUGGAAGAACAUGGCCUCCAUGAUCAAUCACCGUGGUAACGUGGCCGUGUACGGCCUGGCCGGGAAGAUCUACACGGUGGGUGGGUCCGAUGGUGUCUCGUGCAAGAGCAGCGUGGAGAGGUACAACCCAGAGACCAACACCUGGAGUAACGACGUGGCCCCACUGAGCAGCACCCGCAGUGGGGUGGGUCUGGUGGAGAUGGAUGGAUAUCUAUACGCCCUUGGAGGAUACGACGGCAUGGUCUGCACCAACAUUGUUGAGAGAUAUGAUCCCAAAAUGAAUAGCUGGACGAAGCAGCCACCAAUGCUGAGCCGGCGUUCUGGGGCAACGGCUGCUGUGAUGGAUGGUCAGCUAUACGUGAUUGGAGGCAGCGAUGGCGACGCACCCAUGAACACAGUGGAGCGAUUCAAUCCCUUGGAUGGGAUGUGGUAUGCGUGCACCCCCAUGAUGACUCCUAGAGAGAACGCGGGCUGCUGUGUGUACCUGGGACGUCUGUUCGUGGCCGGAGGAAGAGAUGAACUCAACCUGGAGCUCAGCGCUGCAGAGAAGUUUGAUCCAGACACUCUGAGUUGGACCCCCGUCAAACGCAUGAGAUGCAAGAGAAACAAAAUGUCUCUGGUGGUGUUCAACGGGUCGUUGUUGGCUGUGGGAGGAUCUGAUGGCAUCACCAAUCUGAAAACAAUAGAAGUCUACAACCAUGACUCAAAUACAUGGAGACACUUUGGGAGCAUGAAGACCAAGCAUCCAGGAGGCCACAUUGCCAUGUUGAAGACCAAACACAGUUACAGCCUGUAACUGGAGAUUAUAAUGUUGAUGGAGAACAGCAUAUGGAUUUAUGAUAUAGAUUUGUAUACUGUGUAUGUCCAUGUUGAAAUAGCACUGUAAUUCCCCGUAUAGUAUGUAAACAUGUAUGGCUAUUUAUUUAACUUUUAUUUAACCCGGAAGUCUUUCCUAAGAAAUGAAACUAUGGACCAGGAGUGUCAAGCACCCAUUAUUUUAGAGGGGGCGUUGUCCAGGUUGGAAAAUGUAUCAUUUUUUAAACACCUAAAAUAGCUUAUACCUGCAAUCUAGAGCCAUAAUCAUUAUGCCCAAUUCUAUGUAAAAAAAGAAAUAAUAAAAGAAAUAAAGUAUAUUUUUAUGCAUAGGUUAUCUAAGCAUACCUCUUUA